AUGGAGCUGACCGGACCGAAGACGCGUACGACGCCGUCAUUCAAGAAAACUAAGGUCCGUGGCGUAGCAGAUGUACACAAGGGAGACCAGAUUGCGGUUGAUAGAGUUGGAGGAGCCUACAAGCAUCACAUGAUUGUGAUUGAAGACCCCAUAGAUCUUAGAGAGGUAACUGUGAUUCAGUAUACAAAUGGUGUUUUACCUGGUGCAACGGGGAUACUUGCAGGCAGUGGUAGGUCAGGAAUUCCUAUUGCUGUCGUCCGUAGAGACGCGGAGGAUAUUUCCUCGGACGUGAGCAAGGGUAGAGUAUACCGCAUAGAUUAUGACAAUGAGUGCUUCUCACCCGAUGAAACCGUGAGGAGAGCUAAGAGCAAACUUGGUCAAGGGGGAUACUGCGUGUUAAACAACAACUGUGAGCAUCUUGCCACCUGGUGUAAAACAGGUAGGUCUAGAAGCUCGCAGGCCGAAACAGCAAAGACUGCAUUAACCGAAAGCGCUAAAUCUAUAGCUACAGAAGGGAUAAAACAGGUGGCAAAGAAGGGAUUUAAAGCUGUCACCGAAGAAGCAGCAAAGCAGGCUUCAAAGGAGGGGGCUAAAGCUGUCACCAAAGAAGCAGCAAAACAGGUAGCAAAGGAGGGGGCUAAAGUUGUUACCAAAGAAGCAGCAAAGCAGGUAGCAAAGAAGGGGGCUAAAGCUGUCACCAAAGAAGCAGCAAAACAGGUAGCAAAGAAGGGAACUAAAGCCGUCACCAAAGAAGCAGCAAAACAGGUAGCAAAGGAGGGAGCUAAAGCUGUCACUAAAGAAGCAGCAAAACCGGUAGCAAAAAAGGGAGCUAAAGCCGUCACCAAAGAAGCAGCAAAACAGGUAGCGAAGGAGGGGGCUAAAGCUGUCACCAAAGAAGCAGCAAAACAGGUAGCGAAGGCGGGAACCAAAUCUCUUGCUACGGAAGCAGCAAAACAGGUAGCAAAGGAGGGGGCUAAAGCCGUCACCAAAGAAGCAGCAAAACAAGUAGCAAAGGAGGGGUCUAAAGCUGUCACUAAAGAAGCAGCCAAACAGGUAGCAAAGGAGGGAACUAAAGCCGUCACCAAAGAAGCAGCAAAACAGGUAGCGAAGGAGGGAACUAAAGCUGUCACGAAAGAAGCAGCAAAACAGGUAGCAAAGGAGGGGGCUAAAGCUGUCACCAAAGAAGCAGCAAAACAGGUAGCGAAGGAGGGGGCUAAAGCCGUCACCAAAGAAGCAGCAAAACAGGUAGCAAAGGAGGGAGCUAAAGCUGUCACCAAAGAAGCAGCAAAACAGGUAGCAAAGGAGGGGGCUAAAGCUGUCACUAAAGAAGCAUCAAAACAGGUAGCGAAGGAGGGGGCUAAAAUUGGCAUGAAAGAAGUGGCACUGGCAGCAAUGACGGAAUUUGUUGAGUCUCUUGCUACGGAAGCAGCAAAACAGGUAGCAAAGGAGGGGGCUAAAGCCGUCACCAAAGAAGCAGCAAAACAGGUAGCAAAGGAGGGGGCUAAAGCUGUCACCAAGGAAGCAGCAAAACAGGUAGCAAAGGAGGGGGCUAAAGCCGUUACCAAAGAAGCAACAAAACAGGCAGCAAAGGAGGGGGCUAAAGCUGUCACCAAAGAAGCAGCAAAACAGGUAGCAAAGGAGGGAGCUAAAGCCGUCACUAAAGAAGCAGUAAAACAGGUAGCAAAGGAGGGGGCUAAAAUUGUUACCAAAGAAGCAGCAAAACAGGUAGCAAAGGAGGGGGCUAAAGCCGUCACCAAAGAAGCAGCAAAACAGGUAGCAAAGGAGGGGGCUAAAGCCGUCACCAAAGAAGCAGCACAGGCAGCGAUGGCUGGAGGGGUCAAGUCUCUUGGUACAGAAGGGGCAAAACAGGCAGCCAAGCAUGGAGCCAAAGCUGGCAUGAUAGAAGGUGCCAAAUCUGUAGGGAGGGAAGGAGCAAAGGAGGUAGCAAGGGAGGGGGCUAAAGCUGCUGUGGAAGAAGUUGUAGAAGAAGCUGCUAAAACUGCCAUGAAGGACACAGCAAAGACAGCAGUGAAAGAAGGUACCAAAUCUGCUGCUAAGUCAGGAGUGAAAUCUUUCGGUACGAAAAUAAUGGAAAAGCAGGGGAAAAUCGGCAUUGCGCUAACAGUGGCAGAGGAAAGCUAUUACUUUGUGAGAGGCACUUGGGAAUCAAUGGAGAAGUGUGAUAAAGGCAAGAUUUCCCCGGGUGAGUUUGUUGGAGAGGUAGCUACCCAUGCUGUUAAGGGUGUCGCUAGCGGUACCGCCACAGUUGCUGGAGGCUUGCUCAAUGGUUUCCGUUGA